UGAGUUACCCCUGCAAAGGAAGAAGAACGGUUUUUCAGGGAGCAUUGAACAUGCUCAGUCAGCAGAGAAGACUGAUAAAAGUGGUGCGGUGGGAUAGAGCGGCGUAUCCUGGAAGAUGGCAUGGUUGGAAUCUUGCAGAGGACCAUUCCAUGCUUGUGCAGAAAUAAAGUCCUGCUCUUGAAGAUGCUGCUGAAGGGAGAACAAAACUUUCCUUCUGUCCGGCAGUUUAUUGACCGAGUUCUUACUAGCCCUGCUCACCUGCAGUGACAGCCCGUUGGCUGGUUGCUGGCUCCACCAAUAUUAGACAGACACACAUCGCAAAGUUCAAGAAGAUGGUAUUCAAAACAGUUCUUGGAUCCUGCAAAGACUCUUCAAGGGUGGUCUCAGAUAGAAAAAAGAACAUGCUGGCAUGGACAUGCGGGUGGAGGACUCCAUUCCGAUCCAAAGGAAAGGUUGAAAGAAAUAGAUGGCAGAAAGAUCAUCAAAGCAAUGCUUUCCUAUGUGUGGCCGAAAGAGAGGCCUGACCUGCGAGCCAGAGUUGCCAUAUCGCUAGGAUUGUUAGCCAGUGCAAAGGCCAUGAAUAUAGUGGUUCCCUUCAUGUUUAAAUAUGCAGUAGACAACCUCAACCAGAUGUCUGGAAAUGCUCUCAACCUGAAUGAUGCACCAAAUACAGUUGCAACCAUGGCAACCGCUGUUCUGAUUGGAUAUGGCAUCUCACGAGCCACUUCUGCUUUAUUUAAUGAAGCUAGAAAUGCCGUAUUUGGAAAAGUAGCCCAAAGUUCCAUCAGACGGAUAGCAAGAAAUGUCUUUCUCCACCUGCAUAACCUGGACUUGAGUUUCCACCUGAGCAGGCAGACCGGAGCAUUGUCAAAAGCCAUUGACAGAGGGACAAGAGGCAUCAGCUUUGUGCUCAGUGCUCUAGUCUUCAAUUUGGGGCCCACUUUGUUCGAAGUGAUGCUCGUUAGCAGUAUUCUGUAUUACAAAUGCGGAGCACACUUUGCACUAGUAACCUUGGGGACGUUGGGAGCAUACACGGUGUUCACAAUAGGAGUUACACAGUGGAGGACUAAAUUUAGGUUAGAAAUGAACAAAGCAGAUAACGAUGCAGGUAAUGCUGCAAUUGACUCGCUGCUGAAUUAUGAAACUGUGAAGUAUUUCAAUAAUGAAAAGUACGAAGCCCAGCGGUAUGAUGGUUACUUGAAGACGUAUGAAAAUGCCUCACUGAAGACUACCACGACCUUAGCUCUGCUCAACUUUGGACAAAGUGCUGUGUUCAGUAUUGGUCUAACAGCCGUCAUGGUGCUGGCUAGCAAGGGAAUUCUAGCAGGUGACCUGACCGUCGGUGAUCUAGUAAUGGUGAAUGGAUUGUUGUUCCAGCUGUCCUUGCCGCUUAAUUUCCUGGGAACUGUCUACAGAGAGACGAGGCAAGCGCUCAUAGACAUGAACACGUUGUUUACGUUGCUUAGCAUAGACACAAAAAUUAAAGAUAAAGAGCUGGCUCCGCCCCUGCAGAUCACACCACAGACUUCCACCAUCGCCUUUGAUAACGUGCAUUUUGAGUACCUGGAGGGGCAGAAAGUUCUCAGUGGCGUGUCUUUUGAAGUCCCCGCAGGAAGCAAAGUGGCCAUUGUAGGAGGCAGUGGGUCAGGGAAAAGCACAAUAGUGAGAUUAUUAUUCCGCUUCUUUGAACCUCAAAAGGGUGAUAUUUAUGUUUCUGGCCAGAACAUACAAAGCAUCAGUUUGGAAAGCCUGAGGAAGGCUAUCGGAGUCGUACCUCAGGACGCUGUUCUCUUCCAUAAUACCAUCUUCUACAACCUCCUGUAUGGCAAUAUCAAUGCCUCGGCAGAAGAAGUCUAUGCUGUGGCAAAACUGGCAGGGAUCCACGACGCCAUUCUCAGAAUGCCCAACGGGUACGACACGCAAGUGGGCGAGCGAGGACUGAAGCUGUCGGGAGGAGAAAAGCAGAGAAUUGCUAUAGCCAGAGCCAUCUUGAAGAAUCCUUACAUCCUCCUCUACGAUGAAGCCACUUCAUCCUUAGAUUCAAUUACAGAAGAGAACAUCUUGAAUGCCAUGAGGGAUAUGGUGAGACACAGAACUUCCAUCUUCAUUGCACACAGGUUGUCAACAGUGGUUGAUGCUGACGAGAUCAUUGUCCUAGACCAGGGUAAAGUUGCAGAGCGUGGUAAGCAUGUAGAUCUCCUUAGCAGUCCCAGCAGCCUCUAUUAUGAGAUGUGGCACACGCAGAGCAGCCGGAUGCUGAAUAGAAAUAACGGCGAGAGGUGGGAGGAGAGAAACCAUCACAUGUCCAAAGAGGAGGAGAGGAAGAAGCUGCAAGAGGAAAUCAUAAACAGCGUGAAAGGCUGUGGGAACUGCUCCUGCUGAGUCCGAGUCCGGUCCUCACCCACUCCGGGUUUGAUGGUGACACGAGUUUGCACUGAAGCUGCGUUCUACAUUCAGCACAAUAAACAAUUCCGAGAUUUUCUUGGCUUUGUAAAAAGGCUGUUUUCCAUGGAAAAUAAUUUCUCUAUCCAAAGGAUUUUGUAUCUGGCUCUUACCUACUCUGAUAUUUAUGGAGAUUGGUAGGAACAGGUUGAAACUGUCUUGGACUAUCUUGAGUAACACAUGUUUUUGGUGAUAAUCUCAAAUACGUUUCCAACAAUAACUUGUUUAAUGGCAGAAAUCCCUAUCAUCUGGCCAGAAUGCUAUGAUGUGUUUGCAUUAUCUACGACACUGACAGUGGGUUGAAAUGUUUUUAUAUAUCAGUUUUAACAAAAUCCAAUUUAAUCCAUGUCUGUGUGUUAAUGGGGACAACACAGCAGUUAACAUUCUGAAAUAAUUGUUGGGUUCAAAAGAAUUUUUGUCCCCUUUAAAAAAAUGAUAGUCAUGAACUACAUCAGCAAAUCCAAAGCAGUGGCAUUUCUGUUUUGUCCCUCAACACUGUUAGUUGUCUCACAAAAAGUACAUAUUUCUGCAAGGAGUAAGAUAUCAAAAUUAUGAAAGAAAAUGUAUGUCCUAAAAUGAUCAGUGCACCUUGCAAGGCAAAUUAAUAAAGCUAAUUUCAUCUCA